GCUGCAUCAAAAUGUCUCUCUAUCCUUCCUUAGAAGAUCUGAAGGUGGACAAAGUUAUUCAGGCUCAGACUGCCUUUUCUUCAAAUCCAGCUAAUCCAGCAAUCUUGUCUGAAGCUUCUGCUCCUAUUCCUCAGGAUGGAGGCUUAUACCCCCGAUUGUAUCCAGAACUUUCUCAGUAUAUGGGCCUGAGCCUCAGUGAGGAGGAGGUGCAGAGAAACCUACCAGUGGCAGCAGCUCCUCAGCCACAGGGUCAACUGGUAACACGACCUUCUACUAAUUACAUGGUAGCUCCAGUGACUGGAAAUGAUAUUGGAAUUCGCAGAGCAGAAAUUAAGCAAGGCAUCCGUGAAGCAAUUUUAUGUAAAGAUCAAGAUGGCAAAAUUGGACUUCGCCUUAAGUCUGUUGACAAU